GAAUAAUUGCAGCAACGAUCGAUUGAUGGUACGACUCAGACACCAGAUGAAAGUCCUGAAAGUGCACACUACCACGUCCUCGACCUUGUUUAAAGCUCGUCUUGAUCGCGAGAUUAAAUAGGCAGUAUUGAUGCUGCUCCCUCAUACUCUAGUUUUAUGCGACUAUGGAAUAAGCAUCGGGAAUCAGGAUAUUGGCCAAUUCUUCGACAUGGCAACACACAUCUUAAAGCUAUGCCACCUCCCAUACCCGUCCCGUCGAAGGCCGCGAUUCGUGCCCUCCGAGGCAUUGCUUUUGGAACCACGUGCGCCAUUGGCGUGAUAGUAGAAGACCGAAGACGACGGAUAAACAUAUUGAAAACUGUCGCUUCGAACGGGGAAAAAAUAAAAGCAGCGAAGCGCUAUCAUAGAAGGGUGUCCGCCGCCACGAUACCACACGAAUAUGUCGAUAUCUCGGAAGAGGAUAACUCUAGGCCUCAAGAUCAUGAGAAGCCGUUCAGAUAUAUGGACUUUACAUCCGCCGAAGAGUUUCCCCUCGUGAAUUCCACGCAACCUUCUGCCCAAAGUAUAGAGGCCGAGAUACCUCUAGAAUCGCAAAACACUUCCGAAAACCCCCCCUCUCGAAGUGCCCCCCAAAAAGGAAAAUCGAAAACAAAACUCGUUAUCCCAUCUAUCAACGUUCAUGGAUCUUCGCAAAACGGCCUCACUCCAGCCAAGAAAAAGAAAGCACACUCGAAGAAUGAAUUUGUCGCGGCUAUCAAUGAGCUCCUGGAAAGCAGCGAUGAGCACUGGCUAGAUAGAGCUCUUAGGAAAUUCUUUGACGGGUGUCGGUUAUAUUACUCCUUUAGAAAAUUCGACGACGAGUGGGUUUCUAUUUCUGCCCAACUUUCGAAGGCAUGUCAGGAAAAGUCCAGGUGGGAUGAUGCAAGCAAAGUCCUCACUACCACCAUUGAUGCUGGGCCGCUAAACGAAUCUCAAUUUCAUAACCACGAGCCUUGGAAUAUUAUAGAAUACUACCUAGAGCAAAAAGAUACGGAUGGAUGUUGUCCUUCGGAAGCUAUCGCCGCAGCGACUCAUAUAUUUAUGGCCAGGCUGAAAGACAAACCCCAUAUGCAUACUUCGCAAGUCGAGACUAUCGGACGGCAAUUAUUCACCUAUAAUAUGUCGAUAAAUCGGAUAUACCUCUCACAUCGUAUAUAUUGGAAAAUCGUUGGCUGUGCUGAAGAUCCGACCACGUUCUUGGGAUGGGUCAUCCGGGAGUUUUACCAAUAUAAAGAGUAUAAGAGUGUUAUUAGAUAUUUCCUUCUUAAUUACUCUAAGAGGAGUCCCACAGUUGCAUGCUACAACCGGACGGUUAAUUGCGUCAUAAACGCCGUGGAGACCUUGGAAGGCCGCAGAGUUAAAGAUGUACUUCAAGCGCUUGCACGGAUGGACCGCCCAGAUGACGGGCUUUUGCGGACUAGUUGGAUCAUGAAAUCCCUAUCAGCUUGUUGGCAUGGCACCAAAAAUCUUGCGGUGGUAGAAGAGUUAUUCGGAGAAGUAUUGUCCUUGGGCUUGAUCGACAAAGUAUCCCAUCCCCAGGGUGUGUAUAGCACGAUGGUCGAAAUCUCCGUUAAAGCCAAAGAGAUCGGCAAAGCAAGAUUAUACUACGAUUUGGUCCUCCAAAAAUACCCCGAGAUGUCUCACAAUGUCGCUUUGAGAGGUUAUCUGACCUUGGCGGCAGCCAAUGCCGGGGAUUGGGAUGCUGUGUUUGAUGCCUUUACCGAGAUGCAAGCUCUAAAGGAAGGGCAGGAAGAGGAAUAUGACGACGCUUUUGUCAUGGUCCUCAAAACUUUUGCGCAAACCCAUUCAGCCGCCGAGGUUCGAGAUUUCGUCUCGAAGUAUACCGCCGACCUAGGUGUGCGCACGCACCGUUAUGCUGUCACGUUGGUCGCAAACAAGUUCGGUGAAUGUCGUGACAUGCCAGGCUUCAUAUCAUGGCUUGAAUAUUGUUGCAAAGCUGGGUUUGCCUUGGAUCCCGGCGUCUGCAAUUCGAUUCUCUACAAUUGUUGGGCCACUUUCAAGCUUUCUUACCCCGAACUACUAGAAGUCUAUUCGAAAAUGCGGCAGCUUGGACCAUCGCUCACUGACGAUGUGACGAAGAGAAUCAUGAAUCAAGCGGCCAGCGCCGCCGGUAAAGGUAGCAGACGAAUACUCCCGAGCCGAGGAGUGCAUUCAAGAACUACAAUAGUCAAUGAACUGGCGUAUAGAGGCAAGGUGACAAAUCAGCGAGACGUCUACGAAGCAAUGAAUAAGGAAAUACAUUCCGGAAGGCCGGCGGCGGCCAUGCGGAUUUACAAGCAAGCUCUAAGUUCCGGGAUGCCCUCUUGCGAGCACUGUCUUCGCUUGGCUGUAGUAGCAACCUCGAAAAGCCCCAAGCAUGGCUCUGAUAAUGCGAUAGCCCUCAUUCGAUCUGCGUACGAUAAAGGUGCCGACAUCACCUCGGCAGUGACAGCGUUUAUCAGGCUCCGGCUCGAGCAGCUUCAUGCCAACGCGCAAGACCUCCUGCUUCAUAUGCGGAAUUUAAUCAGCCAAUUUGAAGCGGUCAACGUCAUCGUACAACCAAACGUCCUUACAAAAAUGGCCUUGAUGGUUAUAGAAGUAGGCCAUUUCGAGAGGGGAAUUUCAUUAUGCACUUUCGCGAUGAAUCAAAAUGGAUUCAAGAACCUUGCCUUCUCAAGACAGAGUAUUAGAGCCACGCUCACUGCCUAUGCGAGGCUGCGAGAUGUGGAUGGGAUGAGGAAGCUCUGCCAUGAUAUCCUCGAAAGCGAACUUGUUGCAGACAAGUACACGAUGUUAUAUCUCAAGUCUGCUAGGAGAGUUGUUGCCAAGUUCAAAGACGAGGCCACCGGAAAAGCCAUGCUAGAUAUUUUGGAAGAUACCAUCGUCAAAGUGAUGAAGCGGCGGACAGAAACCAGGGCAGAAGGUGCAACGAUUGCCCAAGAGACUCUAAGGAUCAUGCAAGAAGCAGUUGCUGAUAUGCAGAAAACGCCGAGCCUAGAUAUAUCAUGAUCCUACCAAUCACAGCCGCGACGGCCGCGCAUAUGGAAAGUAAGGUUCAUGCAGAGGCAGAGUUCUGAUGUACCACCAGGCGUUUCUACGUUCUAUUUUUUUCUGGAUAGGCAGUUUUGAACAAACUAAGUAUAGGUGCCUUGUACAUAGUAUGGAUACCCAUACCCAAGUACAUAUGAACGUAUGAAGAUACUGACCGGUAUGAUGAAAAUUACAUACCUACGGCACAUACUUCCCUUACAAUAUUUGUCACGUUGUUUUUGUAUGAACCCGAUCGUAUUGAAUCUUGGCCCCUGAUGAGGCGUUCACAUGUCAGUGACAAGUUAACAAGUUUAAUCUAGCAUGUUCAACAUGUAAUAGGGUUCAAUAAACGCCUCUUGAUUGGGCAAUGGAAUGUGGGGAUAAAUGGA